AUGAAGUUAUCAUAUAGUGUCGCGGCCAUCUUCUUGACACUGGGCCGCUCUGUCUUCGCAGCUGACUGUGUACUUAAUCCCUUGGGUGACGGUCAAGACGAUACGAGCCAGAUUCUUGCGGCAAUCGAUGUAUGUGGCACGGACGGAUCCAUCACACUCAACGAAGGCGAUUUCAACAUCACCCGGAAGAUGACAUGGAACCUGACUCGUAGUACGGUAGAUCUGUACGGUACUCUGAAUUUCGCACCGGAUAUCGAUUACUGGCUUCAAGAGAACAGCACGUACCGCGUUGUUUUCAUUCAAAGCCAAGCAUCCUGGUUCGUAGUAACGGGCCGUCACUUUGUGAUCGACGCGCACAAUCAAGGCGAGUCUCCUGUCACCCGACCUGAAGGACAAGACGCCGAGAUUGACUUCUGCUUAGGCGGUAUCAAUGGUAACGGACAACCCUGGUGGGAGUACUUCACAACAGUUCCGCGUCAAGACGGCGAUGGCCGACCUCUCGCACUAUGGUGGUUUAAGUGA